AUGAAGGACCUCACGACAGACAACAUCACUGAAAAUGUUCAUGCUAUCAACAGCCAAUGUACGAAUCCUCGGAUGAGAUACAUCUUCGAACGUCUAGUAUCUCAUAUGCAUGACUUUGCGAGAGAGACACGACUUUCAACAGACGAGUGGAUGGCUGGACUGGACUUCUUGACGGACGUCGGCCAGAUCAGCACGGAUUUGAGAAGGGAAAUGAUCUUACUAUCAGAUACCCUGGGAUUGAGUGCUCUGGUGGACUCUAUCGACCAUCCACGCACUGGAAAAUCAACCGAAGGAACAGUUCUUGGGCCUUUCCAUACUCAUGACGCACGCGAAGUGGAAAACGGUUACGCGAUCCACAAGGACCCUGACGGCACCCCUCUGUUGGUUCUCUGUACCAUCAAGGAUACUGACGGCAACCCUCUGGAAGGCGUUCAGAUUGAUGUCUGGGAAGGUGAUUCGCAUGGAAACUACGAUGUUCAAUAUCCAGACAGAGACGGGCCAGAUGGCAGAGGCAUCUUGUUUUCCAAGCAAGAUGGAAAUUUCUGGUUCAAGGCAGUGAAGCCCGUCUCGUACCCAAUCCCAAUGGACGGACCUGUGUUCAGCAUGCUUCAAAUGCUGGGCAGGCAUCCGAAUCGACCAGGCCAUGUGCACUUCCUUUUGAGGAAGGAUGGCUUUGAUCCGCUGAUCACCGCUUUAUACCCUCGUGGCGAUCCAUACGAGUCUUCUGAUCCUGUGUUUGGCGUCAAGGACUCUCUCAUCGUGGACCUGUCCACGGUGGCAGAUCCAGAAAUGGCAAAGAAGUACGACGUUGAGGAAGGCACAGCUCUCUUGACCUACGACUUUGUGUUGGUGACCGUGAAGGAGACCUUGAAACUGCGCAAGGUAAAGGCUGAAGAAGCCAUCAAGAAGAUGGGAAGAAGCAUGGAAGAUUUCCAAGGGCUUCCCAUAUUGGACGUGGACUAG